CUAGUUUGAGUGUAACAUCCGUUGCGAUCGGUUCCCUUCGAUAUGGUGUCCGCGUGGGCUUUCGCGCCUUUUGUGCUGGCUUUGGUCCAUUUUGGGCAGUGCUCUCCGAUUGUUCCUCCGUUGUAUCGGUACGAAGAUUAUACCAAGUGUCGCCAGGAUGACAAGAUUGGAGCUUAUUGCUUCGUGAAAGUGGUCUUCCAAGAGGAUCGGGAUCCUUUUGACACACCAAGGAUUGUGGCCGAAUUUCGACACAGUCUGCUGGACUGGGGAAUUUGCGUGGCGGAUUGUGAGCGAGAAAUGAGCAGCUUGACGCAGGAACAGCGCCACCGGUUGUUCCAGCCCAGGUUCCAGAUCAACCAUACGUAUAUUCUACCGAACCAUUGGGGUCAAUACCUGGAAUCGUACAAAGAUCGAUACGGCGAACUGAUCAACGUUUGCGUCAAUAACCGCCUGGAACGGAACUACAACGUUCACCGGCAUGCAUACUCCGAGAUCGAGUACUGCACCUCCAAAGACGAGCUGGGAAUGUCCAAGAGGAAUCCAGACUGGCUAAUGAUCACUUUCUACGCAAUCGUGCUAACGUUGAUCGUCCUCAUGGUCGGCGCCAACGUCGUUGACUGGCUGGGUCAUGAUCAGGUCAAAGAACACAUCGUUGUGUCAUCGUUCUCGGUGCGCCGCAACUGGGAUCGGCUGACGGAGCAACCGACGAGUGAACUGUACCGGGAGUUUGGUUACAUUGACGGACUUCGAGUGUUUACGAGUGUGUUUGUGCUGGGCAUACACUGUUUGAUGAUCGCAGGUAUUAUUCCGUUGAGCAACCCAGAGUACACUGAAGAGGUUCUGAAGAAUCCGUUCCUUGUAGAUCUCUGUACGAUCUGUAUUGUUACCGUCCAGAUCUUUUUUGCCAUUAGUGGGGUUCUGUUGACAACAACGGUUCUCAAAGACAUUGAUCGCAAGCCACAGUUGGAAUCGAUCUACUUUUGGGAAAAGAUCAAAAACCGUUUGAUUAGAAUUGUUCCGGUGUACUACUUCUUCCUGUUGGUAUCGAUCGUUGGCGAUGAGUUACCAGGAGUUGAAAUGGGGACAGUUGGCUACAAAACGCUUAUCCAGGAGCAGGGUCGAUGCCGAAAGAAGUGGUGGACUAACGUGCUGUUUGUGAGUAACUUGCCACCAUUCGGCGAAGAGCGAUGCAGUCUGCAGGGCUGGUACCUGGCGGCUGAUCAACAGCUGUUCCUCGUAACGUUACUGCUUAUGGCGGCAUUUUGGAAGUUCCCAAAACAUGCUGGUGCCUUGAUGUGGUCAUGUGUAGCUAUUGCGUUGGCCAUUCCAGCCGGGAUUGUGUACUUUUAUGAGCUGGAGUCUUCAUUGCCAGUCAGGCUAAGCGAUCUUCAGUUUCUGUUCAUGUACCAAGCGUGGUUCAACCACCUGUACAUGCCAGGCUAUUCAAACAUGAACAGUUACAUGGCAGGAGUGGUCGUUGGAUAUCUGUAUCACCAACAUAAGCAUAACAAGCUGGAUUUGGACAAUUCCAUGCUGUACACCAUCUUGAAAAAAGCUCGUCUACCCCUGCUAGCCCUAGCGUACCUUCCGACGUUCAUCUUCUACCGCUACGAGAUUCCUCGCUCCUCUUGGCUCACCAUGACACACACCAUCCUGUACCGAAACGUUGGUGUCAUCGCCGGGUGCGUAAGCUUCAUCGAGUGCUUCCGAAAUCCCCCGGGUCCCGUUCGACAGUUUUUAACCUCCAAAUCAAUGACCAGCCUGGGCAAACUGUCCUACAGUGUUUACGUGCUGCACGUGCCCGUAACGCGGCUCGUGCUGAACUGGUUCCCCCAGAUGAUCGAGCUGAAGCUGCUGGACCUGGUGUGGAUGCUGACAGUGUUGGGUGGUUCUUCCUAUCUGGUCGGCGUCAUCGUGUACUUUUGCAUCGAGCAACCGGUUAGUUUGGUGCUGAAGCACUACUUGCCGGACAAACGGAGGGGGAAGGCCGAAUGUUAAUUUUACCAUCAGAAUUUGUAAUCGAACCGUUGAGUCAGAUGCUAAGAACGAUGUUCUACUAUACUGAGAGUGGAAAUAAAAGCCUCGAGCAUUUGCUUGAAACUCAUA